AUGAAGGCUGCAGUUCUUCACAAUUCCUGGAAGUCUAAGCAAGUUUCAGAAUCUGAUAGAUGGGAAGUCUAUAGCAGCACUUUUGCAGCAUACCACAAGUUUCUGAAAACUGCAAGUGAGUGGUUAUCAAGCAGAGCAACUGAUAAACCUGUUAACCUGCUUGCUUCUGGAGUUGCAGCAAUGCUGCUAUCGUGUCUGAUAUUUUUAAGCCUUAUACUUCGUAUGUGUAGAGAAGUUAGCCUAGUAGAGAAGCAGCACCACUCUGAAUUAGACAGUAAUUCACAAAGGUGGCAUUUGGAUGAGACCUUUGUUUUGGGCGUGAUCUUCAUCCUUGUUGUAAGUAUGACAUCAAGUUCUAUGGUGGAAGAAGAGCAUUAUAUUUGGCAUUUUAUGGCAUCCACAUUGUAUCUGGUGUUGCUUCGUAAAACAGCACAGUUGCUCCCAGCAGGAAGUAGGGUGUUCAGGGGACAGAACAUAAUGUCUUCUGUAUUUGUGCUUCUUAUCUCUGGAAGAAUAUUGAGAGGCUGGCAUCAAGGUGGUGUGAACUGGACUUAUCUUCCUGACAUUUCUAAGUGGCUUGAACAAGGCGGUAAUGAUCUUGUAAAAGCAGUUCAGCUUGUCUCAGGUGUUAUGGCCAUAUGUGUAGGCUUAUAUGCUCUAUCUUUUUUUGGAUCAAAGAAAAUAAUUGUUCAAGUGGUUGGAAUUAACUUCUGUAUUGCUGGAUUGUUGGUUUUGCAAUAUGUCAUGAGGUAUCAGGACAACACAUUUGUACCAUCUAGUGAUGGUGCCACCUUAUUGGCACAAAUUAUCUAUGCCAUUCUGGGAAGUGCCACUGUUGGUACUGUUGUAGUCAUACCCUGGCUUAUUCCUAUUCACCUAUCUGACAUGGGCUCAAGUCAUAAUAUCUACUUAUCAACUUUGGUUCCUAGGGACAUAAUAGAGAAGUCUCCACUGAUGGAAAUAAGAGAUUCUUUAUAUGUUAUUGGGUGGUCCUACAUCUUAUGCUGGUGUCUUCUGCAGUUGUUGCUCCAACAGCCAAUAAAUUCAAUGCCUCUAUUGUUGCUUCUUGUCCAAAUCAUGACCAGCAUGCUAUAUUUUUCAUACAGUUGUUUGCAUCAUAAGGAAUGGGUUGAGGUUUCUGCCUUGUGCUUCUUGGGAAUGGCUGGCCAUUUUGCUCUAGGGAACAGCAACACUCUAGCCACGAUUGAUGUUGCUGGGGCUUUUAUUGGAAUCUCAAGUCAUUCAACGCUUCUUUCUGGUAUUUUAAUGUUCAGUAUCACCUAUGCAUCCCCCAUGUUAGCUCUUCUUAGCAUGGUAGUGUACAUGUCUGUGAAGAGCUAUCUCGUUGUACCCCAGAAUGUAGAUUCUGGACAUCUUCUCAAGACAAUGCUUGGUUUUCCUUGUUUGGUUCCACUGGGCAUAAACUCGAUUCUAUUGACCGCAUAUACCAUCGUCUUGCUGUUAAUGAGGAACCAUUUGUUUGUUUGGAGUGUCUUUUCUCCAAAGUACCUAUAUGUCUGUGCUACAACUGUCUGCAUCUACACCGGGGUCACUAUUGUGGCUGCGACUGGGAUAUACGCAUAUUUGGUGCUGGUAAUGCGGAAAAUGAAGCGAUUUUCAAUUUUCAAUCAUUAACGAUACAAGAUAGCGCUUGAAGCACUAAGAAACCAAAUUUUGAUAGUGUGGAGUAGAAAAACCCAAUUUCGAUUCUUUCAGACAAACACCAACUCAUAUUAACCAUUUUGCUUUUCUUCUAUUUAUAAGAUUAAUGUCAAUAGUGAUGUGGCAGAACAUUGAAACAUUUAAUUGUAAUGGAAAUAUAUCUUAUUCAUUGAUUACA